UCCCGUCUUCCCUUUCGGUCUUCGGAGCGGUAGAGCAAGGUCGCGAAGGAAGAGGAUUGUGGUGGUGCGGCCAUUAUCUCCGCCGUCCACCCCUGCGCCCCUUGCUGAGCUUCCCGCCGCACCAUGUUGGGUCAGAGUGUCCGGAGGUUCACCACCUCCGUGGUCCGUCGCAGCCACUACGAGGAGGGCCCGGGAAAGAAUUUGCCAUUUUCGGUGGAAAACAAGUGGCGGUUACUGGCGAUGAUGACUGUGUUCUUUGGAUCUGGAUUUGCUGCUCCUUUCUUCAUAGUGAGGCACCAGCUUCUUAAGAAAUGAGAAUAUUUAAUUCAACCCUUUAACAGAAUGAAGAUUGUUUAGGAGAUUGAUCUGAAAACUGGAUUAAACUCUUGAACUCUUAUUACUAAAUAAAAUUGUAAAUAAA